AUGGUACGCGUUCAUCAAUUAAUAACAUAUUUUGACAAAUUGUUAGACUUUCUUGUCAAUCCUAUAUUUGUUUCUUCUCCUACGUCAUGCAUCAAUGAAAAGUACUUGCAACAUGGUAUAUUAGUGAAAAACAUGCUUCACUAUAUUAGGAAAUGCAUGCAUAGCAAAAUUGAAAAUUACUGGGAAAAUUGUAAUCUAGCAGCAUCAUUUACACUUACGUACGGCAACUUUAAUGAAUACACGAAUUAUUAUCACGUACUUCCUGUCGGCGAAGUAAAAUCUAUUAUAACAACAUUAGACCAAAAACUGAUUAAUUUGCUUGUAAAUCAGAUCAAGCAUAUUGAAACUUCCGAAUACAUAGUUUGGGAAAACACCGUAGAUGAUGAAAUCACUACAAUAUCACUACAACAAGGCAUCGCCAUGGAAUGCCAUUACUUUACAGAGUUUGUGAAGCAGAAUAAAUGUUUCAUGACAAACGAGGAACUGUUCCCCUAUCUGAAGCGACUUGUAGAUCCAAAAAAAUCCGAGGAAUCUAUUUUAACUCUUCAAGAACUCUGUCGUAAAAUCACAGAUGGUAGAUUGCAUGAUAUGAGGGAAUUGAUUAAACGCUAUAAAGAAUGGGAUUUGUCUAUAUUGGAUUUUAUCAACGAAAAGAUAGAAUUGUUGAAAAUUUACGAUGUUUCCGUUAUACUCGAAUAUGUUCAUUAUAUAUUCCCAUAUCUGCAUACUAAUGCAAAAAAGUAUCGGGUGUGUGUGUCAGUAUUGAAAAUAUUGAUUCAGCUAACAGUAAAUGACUUGCAUUAUGUUGUACAAAAUUAUGUGGAGCAGCAUUUUGACGACAAUCCUUUAGAGUAUCUGUACAAUGAAAAAUGUUUCAUAGAAUUCAUAGAGAGAUCUUCAUUUAUAGAACCUUGCGAAAUGACUGAAUUGGUUAGAACCCAAGAAUUGUGUACCCUCUUAACCUAUAUUUUGUUAAACCCGAAGGAAGUUUUAAGUAAAAUUGUGAUGUAUGAAAUAGACGUUAAAUUCUCCCAUGAUUUUAUGUUCGAAGAGAAUAUGUCUUUAGUACGAUCGUAUUACACUUUAAAGAGUAAUGAAUGCAAUGUGUUGAUGUACAUACUGAAGGACAUGAUUUUCGUACAGCGCAUAAUAUUAUGCUCCCGUUUUAUAGAUUUUAUGGAUAAUGUGUUAAGCUAUCAGGUGAUACAAUGCUAUAAAUGA